AUCAUCACCAUCGUCGUCGUCGUCGCCGUCGACGUCGUCGUUGUUAUUAUUUUUUUUAUUAUUAUUGUUAUUUUUAUUAUUGUUGUGUUAUAUUGAACAGUUUCGGCGGCGACGACGCAUAUUUCAUCAGAAUAAUAGAUUAUACGGGCGAUAGUGAGCGGCGGGCGACGACGCGACAACGGUGGUGGCGACGAACGUGGAAGGGAUCGGUCACGGGGAGCGUGUCGGUUGACGGCGGCGAGUCAAAGUCGUACCGUUCUCGCGCUCAACAGGUCCGGCGUUAUAUCUCCUCGCGACGUGCUGCUCGCAAGCAGAUUUAGUGGUGUGCCCACUGCGUGCCAUAUCCCGGCGGAUAGACCGUCAACGUGCGCCUGGUAAAUAUUUAGCGCCGAAAAGCAACAUUAUUCCAUUGCCACGUCGUAUUUUGUUUUCCUCACUCCGGGGAUUAAUCUGUGCUGCAGUGCGCGUGUCUCGUCGCUCGUCCCGUGCACCCACACACCCACCCAUACUUCCGCACACUCGCACUCCCACACACACACACACACACACACAUAUAGUUGUCUCGCGGGGGGCUAUAACGAGAGAGCGACUCUUCGCGCGUGCGUGGGUGCGUGCGCGCCCCAUAAAAAACGGUUCGUUCAUCGAAUCUCCGGCCGGCGCGUGAGCGACGGGUGCCGUGGUACUCGUCCGCGGACGGUUCUGCGGAUCGCACUGUGCCGGUGGUCAUGACGUUCCGGACCAAGGGCCUCAACAAGCAGCAACAACAGCUACAGCGCGGACAACAGGACACGCACUAUCCCAACAACAAUCACCGACUGCACCGGAACCGUUACGAUGACGGCGGCGAUGACGACAAAACCGGCACGGCGGCCGACCAUCAGCCACCGUCAUUCGUAACAUUCGGCGGCGCCGACACAUGUAUACACAAGGUGUUAACUACUCCUAGUAAUUCUAAUGGAACAUUGAAUCCUGAAGCACACGAAUUCAAGUACAAGACAUUGUCUGAAAAUCUAUCAAAAUCUAACGAUGAACCAAAUAAAAAAACUUCGGAAAACGACAAAAAGACUAAAGGGUAUAUGUAUAUGAAUGGAGACGUAGGAAAAAUUUCAAUUGGGACACAUUAUAGUCCCUCCGAACCACUUACUGUUUCUACUGCCACGAACACUUCUUACAGUUCCAUAAAUGGAAGUUAUGAAGUGUCGGUAUCGGAUAGUAGAAGUGGUACAGUAAUUUUAACUGGAAAAAAUAGCACAAUGGUUAACGCUGAGACUUCUACUGAAAAUAUGCCAUCGCAAUCAGUAGAACAACUCAAACAACUUCUAUCAAAUCAGUUAGAAUAUUAUUUUUCAAGAGAAAAUUUGGCAAAUGAUGCGUACUUAUUGUCACAAAUGGACAAUGACCAAUAUGUUCCAAUAUGGACAGUUGCCAAUUUUAAUCAAGUAAAAAAAUUGACUAAAGACAUUAAGCUGAUUACUGAAGUAUUGAGAGAGUCGCCAAAUGUACAAGUUGAUGAUGAAGGAUUAAAAGUCCGCCCAAAUCACAAACGUUGUAUUGUCAUCUUACGAGAAAUUCCUCAAACUACUCCAAUUGAAGACAUAAAGGGAUUAUUUGCUGGUGAAUCAUGUCCUAAAAUGAUAUCAUGUGAGUUUGCUCAUAAUAAUUCAUGGUAUAUUACUUUUGAAAAUGAUGAAGACGCACAAAGAGCAUUUUUGUAUCUUCGUGAAGAGGUUAAAGAAUUUCAGGGUCGACCAAUUAUGGCACGUAUCAAAGCAAAACCAAUGAAUCGCAUGGCUGCACCAAUAUCUCCUGGUGCUGUUGCUGGAAUUCCUGGUAUAAAAACAGUAAAUGGUUUUAGAACUCCGCCAAUGCAAGCUCAACCAAUCAACCCAUACAUAGAUCAAGGCCCAGGUGUCACACAAUCUGGACCUCCUGCUCCACCCCCACAUCAUCCUCAAGCUGCCAGAUUGUUUUAUACAAAUGGAGGACCAGCUCAAUAUGCUCCAGUCAAUUAUGCUGCUGCUAAUCUACAAGUAUAGUAAUUACAGCAGCAGCAACAGUCACCAUAUUAUCCUACAAAUAUGAUUCAACAUUGGGCUCAUCCUGCAACAGGUGCCUAUUAUACUACAGAUCUUAGUGGUAUAUUUUCUGUGAAUGGAUUGGCUCCUCAAGGAGCUUUUUCUAAACCUCAGAAUUCAAGAUAUAAUGUUUCACGUGCACCUGGUCGUACCAAUGGAAAAAUGCGUCAUAAUUCUGUUAGUGGUAGUGAAUAUUACCGAAGUUCAGCUUCGGAUAGUGGUUUACCAUCUCGUCCUGGUAGUUACACGUCAAAUGGAAGUCUAACUAAGUCAUCUAGUAGUAGUGGAUCAUUGCAUAUUUCUAAUGCAACCAGAAACUGUGUCGACAAUCAAGAUUCUACUGUAGUUGAUAGACAGUCAAGUGGAACAAUCAACAUCCCAAAAGAUCCUACAACAUUGCCACCAAGAUAUAGGCGAAGGAAGAAAGAUGAGGAAAUAGGGCCAGAAGUAGUAACCACAGGUACUAUACCUCAGCUGCCAACUGGUAGUUUUGAUUUAGCUGCUGAUGCGUUCCCUCCGUUACCACCUCAAGUUGUGUCAAUACCACACCAGUCACCAACUUCAUUGCCCCAUGACCAGUUGUCACCCCGUAAUCACAUUGAUCCUAGGAUUACUGUAAUUUCAUCUUCGAGUAUGUCAGCAGUUCUGCCUGAACCCUCUGUAUCUAAGACUGAUGAUAAGGACCUAACUGUGAAUUCAGAGAGUCUACCAAAUGGUUUACAAACAGUGCCUCCUAUUGGGUCUAUACCUGUGACUGCAAUCAUUGAUGAUGUAUCAAAUAUGUCUAUGAGCUCUAUUAAUUUGCACCCAAAGGUUCAAGAUAUUGUUACGACUUCGAAUUCUAUAAUAAAUCCUACAGAUAAGACUGUAAUGCCAGCGAAAUCUGACAUGCCACCUACUAUGCCUAAAGCCAAUGGUACAUCUCUUAAUACUAAACCAACUGUAUCAAAUCAUAAGGCUGCUUUGCCAUCACAAUGUGCUUGUGUCAUACCACAACCACCUGUUACAAUAUCUGCAGAUAUGGCUAACAACAAUCCCGUUCUUAAUGGAAAUGGUUCUCCAAAUAUUGGUCAUAAACUAAGUUAUGCACAAGUAGCACAGCAUCACAAAGAAAGGAAUGAGAGCCACAUUCCUACCAUUAUUACGUUUGGGCAAUCUCCUAUUGUAGAAGAAGAAAAAAAAAGAGAUACUACCAUACCUAUUGUGAUACCCCAAUCUAAACAAUCAAACGUUACAGCAGAUGGUCUUCUAACAAAUCGGUCUGGUAAAGGACACAAAACAGCAAAUAGUGAACGGGGAACAAUUCCCAGGAAAGAAAGAUCGUCAAAAUUCAAUCGUACCAAGUCUCCUAAGUAAAAUGUAUAUAAGGCCUGAGUAUUAGUUAG